AUGGGUUUCUCGGACUCUGGAAUUGGUCUCUCCGAUCAAAACAAUCUCUGCGAAACGGAACCAGGGUUUUCAGACCAAAGCGUUCAAGAAUUCCAGCCAGAUCAAGAUCUUGAAACUAAAGUCCGAGAGAUAGCUAAUACUCCACGUGAAGGAGUAAAUGUAAAGAAAGAAGCAGAAGAAGAAGAUUUAUGUAAGACUCCGACACGCCACGACCAGAUUCUCCCGAAUAUUACAAAUAUUUGUCCUCCGGCGCCGAGGAAGCCUAAGGGAGUCCCAUCGCGAGCUUUGAAGGUUCGGGAUUCUUAUAGAAGCAGGAGAAUGAUCAUUUUGAAUGUUUCUAGAGAGAUUGAGUGUAUGUUUCACUCAGCAUCUCUAGGUAACAAAAUUAAGAAGGCCAGACGCAUUUGA